AUGUAUUCGGUGCCUUCUAAGGAUCUGGUGUUGUUCACGCGCCCUUUCCCGUCCUCUUUCUAUGGCGGAUCGUUUUCUCAUCGUCUGAAACAUCUUCAGAAAAGUGAUCGGCGUGCUAAUAUUUCAGAGAUUUUUCUCGAGGAUUCUUGGGUAUACGAGAUCUUUUCUGCAACUUUUCACUCUUGUAGUAGAGGGACAGCUGCAUCCCACAUAAUGUCAUCUGCUCAAGAUAUAAUCGGCCCUAGCGAGUCAUCAACUGAUCCACCUGACUCAGCUUGUCAUGAUUCAGGAUAUCUUUCUAUGAACGAUCUCAAAAACUGUUUGAACGAGUUUGUAAAUAUCGAGAACUUUGAGAUAGCAACUCGUGGCUUCAGUCCAUCUCCUGAGGGGAAUGAUAUAAGCAAUGAGGAGAAGGAAGUUGAACAUAACCAAUCCCAUGGGAGGAAUUCAAACAUUGUAGCUUCUGAGAAACACUUUAGCAAGUGUGCCACAUUUCCAUCUCCUGCAUCCCCUGGCGAGCAUAAAAAAUUCCCUGCUGAAGUAUUGUUGGAUGGGAAAGCGAAGCAGGGUAAUGAUAUAACCACUGUAGUCUCAACAUUGAAUGGUGAUGCCGAAUCUGCUGAUCAGUCAUAUUCACGUUGCAUAUCCUUGCCUACUCCUAUGAAGCUUGUAUCUGCCAUGAAAGGUAGCCGUGAAAAGCAGGGAAUACCACCUAAAAAGCUGAUAGUAACGUGGGCCCCCGACGUUUAUGAUCCAGUUCCUUCAGCAGUGCCACACGUGGCAUCAAACAAGCAUCAUCGCCAUCGGAGUGAUAGCAGGAAGUACAGUAAGACCAAACAGAAGGGCAGUGGUAAAUCUUCACGAGGCAGCAAGGGAAAAGACAAGAAGCAAGCUCGGAAGACUCUUGGAAGUGCUAGCAGUUCUUUCAAGUCAUUCAAUGAUUAUUACAUAAUGCAUGGUUUUGAUGAGCCUCUUACUGGUAUUGAGAAUUUCGAUGUUGGCAACCCAGUGGCAUUCUGCGGAAGUAGUUUUCUUAAAAAACCGGUCUCCAAGUUGCACUUUGCAGUGACAGAGGCUACAUGA